AUGAACAGCGUGCAAAUACAAAGAAAGAAAUCAUUUAAAUCCAAUCGAGUAUUUGAUGUUGAUCUAUUGUUUCAAAAUCGUCAAAAGCAAAAUAUUGAAAUUCGACGUCAAUUACGUGACGAUAUAAUAUUCAAACAUCGAAAUUUAUCAUCACUUAAUGAAAAAUACAUUCCGCAGGCGGAGGAGAUUCAUGAACCAAAAUUGAUUAUCAGAAAUUUAAAGAUUGAAAAUUUUUCAGAGAUGGUACAAGGAGUUUAUUCAAAUAAUCUUGAAAGGCAAUUGAUUUCCAUGAGGAAAUUUAGGAAGCUAUUGGCUGAAGCGCGUGUUCCACCAAUACAACAAAUCAUUGAUGCUGGCGUUAUACCUAAAUUUGUGGAAUUCUUACAGUCAAAUCAUAUACAUCUUAAGAUCGAAUCUUCUUGGGCUUUAAAAAAUAUCUUGGCCGGUAGUAUUGAUCAUAUCAAAGUUGUUGUGAAUGCUGGCGCUUUGCCAAUUUUCGUUCAAUUGUUGCAAAAUGAGAGUUGCACCGAUGAAAUCAGAGAACACGUUAUUUGGGCCAUAGGAAAUAUUUCCAGUGAUGAGAUUUUUUGUGAUUUGGUUUUUCGUUCGGGAGCUUUGAAGUGUUUAUUAUACGUAUUGAAUCAACUUAAAGAUGAUCAUCCUUUGAUACUUACUUUGGCAAGGACGAUAUGUAACCUUUGUCGUGUCAAAAUAUCUGAAACAGAAUGGUGGUCUUGGAUGGCUCCCGUACUUGUUGCCUUGUCCCGAAUGAUACAUUUGAACGAUGAUGAUAUCCUUUAUUUCACUUGUUUGGCAUUAUCCUACCUAUCUGAUGGAGAGUUCUAUCGUAUUCAACGAAUACAAGCAAUUAUUAAUACCGGAAUGUGUCCGAGGCUCAUGGAACUCAUGAUUCAUAAAAAUUUUAACGUUCAAAUACCCGUCUUAAAAUGCGUUAAAAACAUCUCGACUGGAUCUGACAGUCAGGUUAAAAUAAUCUUACAUUGUGGGGUUUUAAACUUGAUAAAAGAUUUACUCGUUAGCACGCUACAUAGAAUGAUCCGUAAAGAGGCUUGUUCUAUCGUGUCAGCAAUUGCUUCGGGAUCCGCUCACCGAAUUCAAGCCAUUCUGGAUGCUGGAAUGAUUCCUUUCCUAAUCAACUUGACGAGAAAUUCGGAUUUUAUAACGAAAAAGGAAGCAACGUGGGCGAUAUGUAGCGCUAUAAGGAUCAGCUAUCAUCAACCAUAUUUAAUUCGACAGAUCAUAAAUUCGGGAUGUAUUCAAUCCAUGAUUGACAUGUUGGAUUGUAAGGAGACCGAGAUUAUUUUUGCGAUAUUGGAAGCAAUUCAAACUAUUUUAAGGUUUGGGGAAUCCGCAAAAACUCCAAAUAAUCAAGAGAACGAUGGAGACCCUGGUGGAUCAACUGAUUUUACGCUACAUCAUAAUUCCCCUACAGGAUUCCAAUUCUUGCAUCAACCUAUUAUUCCCUUUGGUGCAUUUCAUUUCAAAACCGUUGGUGAAUUCGGUUCGCCUGGUCUAAUAUUACAAAAUGAUCAAAAUGGAUUUCGUUUGCCCGUAGAAACUAGUCAAAAGCCUGAUGCCUAUUACUUCCCUUUUGUUAAUCAACCUUCAAAUCAUUUUAAGAGUUGA